CCUUUUUCUGCUACCACAACACGGGGAGCUCCCAAUCGCGCCCAUCAUCCUUCCUGCAGCCAGAUUAUCUCCUACCAUCGUCGCGACAACAAAAAAUCACGAACCGCGCGUAUCACGACGCGUGUUUCUUCCUUUGACCCAUCGCCAUUAGUCUUUGGCGUCGCGACUUGCCUAUUUACCCCAUCCAUACCCUUGCAACCCAGCUUCCAAGCUAUCGCCACAUCACCGACCAUGUCUGACGAGCCGACCACCAGCGGUCAAUCCGCGCCUGCCGCGACUGAGGAGGUGGAGAAGAAGGUUGAAGGAACCUCGCCUGCUGCUGAAGCUUCUCAGGCGCCCGCGACUGCUGCCAGCGACGCGAAACCAUCUGAGUCUGAGGCAGCUGCCAAGGAGACCACCGAGGAUGCGCAGAAGGACGACUCCAAAAACAAGGAUCUAGCUGAGACCAAAGACGCGGAAUCAUCCGGCAAGACAGACGAACAAUCCAAGGACGAGGACGCGGACGUCGAGAUGAAGGACGCAACAGAUGGAGCUGAGGCGAAAGAGGCCUCCGAUCCUGUUGCCGAUGAUGCUGAGCAAGCGCCUGCUGUUGACGCCGACGCCGCUGAUGCGACAGCUGAUAAGUCCAAGUCGCGUCGGAGAUCGUCCGGUAUUCCGGAACACAAGGGCAAGAAGCUUAGCAAGAAGGCGUCGAAGGCAAAGUUCUUCAACACCAAUGCGCAACCCGGCGAUCACUUCCUGGUCAAGCUUAAGGGAUACCCUCAAUGGCCCGUCAUUGUCUGCGACGAGGAAAUGCUCCCCGAGACCCUGCUCAAGAGCCGUCCUGUCACGGCGAAGCGUGCCGACGGCACGUAUCGCGAAGACUUUGCCGAUGGUGGCAAGCGUCAAAAUGACCGCACAUUCCCCGUCAUGUACCUCCGGACGAACGAAUUCGGUUGGGUACCAAACUCUGCUCUCCAGGAGCUGAACUCCGAAAAGGCGACCGAGCUCCUCACCGACAAAGUCAAGAAGGUCGAAUUGCGCGAUGCCUUCGAGCUCGCCAUCGAGCAACACCCCCUUGAUUACUACAAGGACGAGCUUCAGAAAUACCAAGAUGAAGUAGCUCAGAAGCAGGCCGCCAAGGAUGCCAGAGAGGCCGCAAAGAAGAACAAGAAGAAGACUCCUGCGGUCAUUUCGGACGAUGAUGUCGACAUGGCUGAUGCUGCGGACGAGGAAGAGGAGGUCCCCGAACCUAAGGAGAAGACCAAGUCCAAGAAGAGAAAGGCGGACGAAGAAGCUAUUAGCACCCCGGCACGGACUGAUUCUGCCAAGAAGCCCAAGAUCAAGCUGAACACAUCCUCCACUCCUAAGACGACAAACGGGACAGCUACACCAAAGUCGGCUAAAGAGUCAGCCGCUAAGCCUGCGAAGUCCAAAUCGUCAAAGAAGGAGGGUGCUGAGAAAAAGGCGGAGAAGGAAGUUCCUAAGGAGCCUGAGCUCACCGCUGAAGAGAAGCACCAACGCAAAGAGAAGGAGGUUCUCUUCUUGCGCCACAAACUUCAGAAGGGCUUGCUUACCAGAGACCAAGAGCCGAAGGAGGAAGAGAUGAAGAUGAUGUCAGACUACAUUACUAAGCUUGAGAGCUUCCCAGACCUUGAGGUCUCGAUUAUCCGGGCGACCAAGAUCAACAAGGUCCUCAAGGCUAUUCUCAAGCUUGACUCCAUCCCCAAAGAGGAGGAAUUCAACUUCAAGAGUCGUUCGCAGACGCUCCUUGACAAGUGGACCAAGAUUCUCAGUGGUGGUGAUGCCGCUGCUGCGUCCGCAACUCCGGCUCCCACCAAUGGUGUCAACGGCACCUCCGGAAAGACAGAGGAGAAGAAGGAGACUUCUGCCGCUCCUAACGGUGCUAAAGAGGAAAGCAAGGAAGCUGAGAAGUCCGAGGAGUCUGAGAAGCAGACCGAAAAGGAGGCAAGUGCGAAGAAGUCCGAGGAGCCUGAAAAGGCAGAAGAAAAGCCCGAAAAGGCCGAGAAGCCCGCUGAAGAGCCCAGUGAGAAGGAGGCAUCUGCGGCCCCGGAAACGGAUGAGGCUAAGGCUUAGGGAACCCGUUCACGUUCCCAAAAAUCUUGAAAGUAAAGACAAGGCCCAGCCGACUGUGGGCGUCUCGGGCCAUUUGAGCCUGGGCUCUUGCGUUUCCUGGCGUAUACGGUUUCUCUCGAAUCGCAAAGGCGAUCUCAACUUGGUUUCGGUGUAAAAUUACUUGUUCCCGUGUUUCUAGGCGGUGCAGCUGGGAAUCUUUAGACGACAAGCAACUGCGGCAGUGCUGAUCUCAGACGGCAUGCAUCGUCUUCGUCCAGUGAAGCGGGUUCAUUGUACAAAGGGGUGAAGGCGCCCCCAAGGGAGAGGAAUCCAGCUCAGAAAGGACAGUCUUGGCAUCCACGGAUGUUCGCAUUGCCUGCGGCGACCGCUUGUUUGGGUUAUGAUGAGGCAGGUGUAGGAUGGCAAUGGCCUCAAGUUUUUGAGGUAGAAUGAAGCUCGCCUUAGGUCAAGGGUUUGCGAUGUUAGGAGGGCGAGGAGACUGGUAGUCACUAGUUCAACACGGCCUUGGAGAAUCGGUUUAAUGUCAUUUAUAUGGAAAACACCUUUAAAGACGUG